AGAGCUAUGAGUUGGAAUUUCUUUAGUAUCUUCAUUUGUAUUUUUACAAGUUUUUUUGUGCUACUUUUUCAUCACUCAAAUGCAAAUGCUAAUGCUAAUGUAAAGCGGAGUUGUAAUUUUUUCGAAGGAAAUUGGAUCGAAGAUGAAACUUAUCCUCUUUACGAUUCAAUUCAAUGUCCAUUUAUUGAACAUGAAUUCAAUUGUCAAAAGAAUGGCCGUCCUGAUCAAGACUAUCUCAAGUAUAGAUGGCAACCACAUGGAUGCUCCUUAGAAAGAUUUGAUGGAGGGGCAUUCUUGAAUAAAUUCAAAGGGAAAAGCAUCAUGUUUGUGGGAGAUUCUCUAAGUCGAAAUCAGUGGCAAUCACUUGUGUGCCUUCUUUACACAUCACUCCCUAACACCAAAUACAACACAACUAGAGUUGGGGAUGUCUCUAUAUUCACCUUCUUGGAUUUUGAACUCGAUGUGAUGUUGGAUCGAAGUGUGUAUUUAGUGGACGUUGUGAGGGAAGAAAAGGGAAAAAUAUUAAAAUUAGAUUCAAUUGAAGGUGGCAAAUUGUGGAAAGGAAUUGACAUGCUCAUUUUCAACACUUGGCAUUGGUGGAACCGUAGAGGAACCACUCAACCAUGGGAUUACAUUGAAAUAGGAGGUCAAUAUUAUAAAGACAUGGAUCGUGUUGUUGCUUUUGAGAGAGCUUUAUUUACGUGGGCUAAAUGGAUUGACACCAACAUUAAUCCUGCAAAAACUAUAGUGUUCUUUCAAGGAAUUUCACCAUCUCAUUACAACGGUACCAAUUGGAAUGAGCCAGGUGUGAAAACUUGCUUAGGGCAAAUGCAACCAAUAAGUGGUUCAACAUAUCCAGGAGGGUUACCCCCAGCAUUGAAAGUUUUGAAGAAAGUAUUGUACACAAUUGAGAAGCAAGUUACAUUACUUGAUGUCACAAAUCUUUGCUUAUUGCGUAAAGAUGGACAUCCUUCAAUUUAUGGGCUAAGUGGAAUGGAUUGUAGUCAUUGGUGUUUAGCUGGAGUUCCUGAUAUUUGGAAUGAAAUACUAUAUAACUUUAUAGUAAUGACGUAACUGAUAAAAUUAUUUUUCAUGUAACCUGCUUGAGAUCGCUGAUUUGAGUUGUGAAAAUAAUUUUCUAUAGAACUUGAUCUUUUGUGAUCA